AUGUACAGAGUCUAUGCAACGCUGACAUUCGUAUUUGUGAUUGAUGAUGCUGAGAGUGAAUUAGCAGUGCUGGAUUUGAUUCAAGUGCUAGUUGAGGUGCUUGACAAGUGCUUCGAAAAUUUGAACUACAUUAUCGAUGAAAUUGUGGUAGAUGGAAUGGUAACUGAAACAAACAUAAAUGAAAUAGUAUCAGUGUUGAAAUCCAUGAAUGAUUAUGCUUUAGAGAAGUGA